AACAAGAAAACACCAUGAUUUGUAAAUCUGAAAGGCUUUUUUUUACAGUACCAUUCAAGUGUUUUUUACUGCUGACAAAAAAAAUUAAUGGCAAUCAAACAGACAACACAAGCCGCAUUAACUGGCCGCAGUUCAAUAUUACAAGAGAUUUUCGCAUAGCAAAACAGAGCUUCCAAAACAAGAGUUGCGCGUGCUAAUCCUCAGCUCUGAAGACAAAACCCAAGCAAAAACCAUUCCUCACAUCCCCAGCACUAAUGCAGAGCGGUCAAGAUGGAAAGCAAUCUAUCAAUUUACUUCACUUCAUUCUGAAUGAAGAUGGGAAACAAAGCGAAGCAAGUGGAAAUUAAAAAAUAAGUAUUUUGCACAUCGGACACUCAUGAAGGCCAUCAAAUUCCACACUAAAACUUUUUUUCCCUAGAAUGUAACGAAUAUAAAAGCUGGGAACAGCCGGUGGCACCCGACUCCUCCAUUCCUAGAACUCGUCACCACAAAUUUCCAAACGAACUCCCUUGUGAAUCUCCGCACUUAGUUUCAAACGCAGAUAAAAAAAUGUCAUUUUAUUGCCCUCGUUGUCCUCUUUGUAUUUAAAAAUUCAAUAAUUCUUUCUAGCAGGUUUCUGAAACAGAAAAACAUAUGUUGCACUCGGCGAAAAUAUAUGCUAGUUUCUUAUCACCAGCAUUAAAUAUUAAAUUAUUUAGCUGUUCAUGGAAUAUAUUUUCCAUUCCUUAUCAACUAUACCAGGCCUUGUUGGGAUCAUUGUUCAAAUAUUAUUAGUUGACAGAGGUUUGAGCUUGGCGUUGUUAUUAUAUUAUUGGCUGUCAAAUUUAAAGCCCUGGGUUCUCUGUACAGAGAUUAAAAAUGUCCAACGAACUUGUCACCAUUCAGCCUGGAGAGCUCAAGUUUCCAUUUAAAUUGAAGCAGCAGAGUUUGUGCUCCUUUCAAUUGAUCAACAAUACAGACAAUUAUCUGGUGUUUAAGGUUAAAACGACAUCUACAAAGAAGUAUGCUGUACGACCUAAUAGAGGUGUUGUGCUACCUAAGGCCACAUGCAAUGUGACAGUAACCAUGCAAGCUCCGAAGGAAGCACCACCUGGUAUGCAAUGCAAAGACAGAUUCCUUGUGCAGAGUGUCAUAGCACCUUCUGGGGCAACUGUUAAGGAUAUCACUUCUGAUAUGUUCAACAAAGAGCCCUGCAGGGUUAUUGAGGAGAAUAAAUUGAGAGUGCUGUAUGUAGCACCACCUCAAUUCCCUUCCACUAUCCUUGAAUCAUCAGAAGAGGGACCAGCACAAAAGGAAGUCACAGGCUAUAUGAGCUCUGAUGUCUCCUCAUUUACGCCUGUGUCUAAAGAUCUCAAUGAGUUGAAAGAAAAGCUAUUUGAGUCUCAGGCUAAAAUCUCAAAAUUUACAGAAGAGAAAUCUGCCGCUUUGCAGCAAAAGCAGAAACUGGAACAGGAAUUGGUACGUUCAGAAAAUAAGGCACUUAUAAAGAGGAGCAAUCAUGAAAGAGCUAGAUUGGGUUUCCCAUUUUUAUUUGUUUGCUUUAUUGGUAUCGUGGGUAUUAUUUUGGGGUACUACUUCCAUUCAUGAAUUCAAUUAAAUGGUUACAUGUAUUUGCAAAAUAUAAUGGUUUAAGCCACAAAUAUUGAGGUUGACAAAUUUUGUGAGAAGCAUGCAAAGAAGCAUUUUAAUUGCCAUGGAAAAACUAUUGUUGCAAGCAUUUGUGUUUUCAAGCACUAUAAUGAUAUAAGUUUGUUUCUUUUGA